AAACCUAACACUAAUGGGAGUAAAACAUCGUCUUCAUCGUCGUCUUCUUCAAUUUCAUGGCUUUCUCUCCUAAGUCUUAGCCUCUCCAUAUCCCAACCUAACAGUCUCUUCACAAUUCGAUGGCUAACUCCGAUCCCUCUGCUCGAACCGUUCUCGAACCUCUCUCUAACAUUGACCUCUCCUCCUACUCUGGUACUUCACUCCGAUCUCUUGCCAUCUCUUCAAUUUCCGAUUCUCAAUCCCUAAUCUACGUUGGCACUUUCUCUGGAUCUGUUCUUUUAUUCUCCAUUAACACUGGCGAUAAAGCCACCGCUACUACUACUACUGCUGCUGCACCCAAAGACGCGCCGGCUGCUCUCGAUUCCGACGCUUCUAUAAAGAAUGUUUCCUUUCUGCGAAGCAUUUCUCUUGGGGAUUCUCCUAUAGAAACAAUGCUCGUGCUUCCUGAGAUUGGAAAGCUUCUUGUGCUCUGUGAUGGUUCCUUGUUCUUGGUUGAUACUCUUUCGUCCCAUUCUGUUAAAAAAUUGAGUUUUGCCAAGGGAGUAUGUGCAAUUGCGAAGAGGAUUCGAAGCAGUGAAUUGGAGAGCACUAGUUUACUGGGUAUUUCUGUUAAUACAUUGGAGUCUUCAAGUGCCAGCCAGCGGAUUUUGCUGAAAUUUGGAGGUGGUAUUAGAGCUAAUGGAGUGAAAACUAAAGAACCUUUGCAACGGAGUGAAGGUAACAAUGUUUUUGCUGUUGUGAUUGGUAAAAGAUUGGUACUUGUAGAGCUUGUUUCCGGCACUAAUAGAUUAGGCAAGACUGACCGAGACGUUGAUAGUUCAAGUGGGUCUUUUGUAAUUUUGAAAGAGAUCCAUUGUAUUGAUGGCGUUAAAACUAUUGCGUGGCUCAAUGACUCCAUAAUUGUGGGUACCAUCAAUGGAUAUAGUUUGUUUUCCUGUGUUACGGGGCAGAGUGGUGUGAUAUUUUCAUUACCAGAUAUAUCUAGCCGACCCCAGCUUAAAUUGCUAAUGAAAGAGAAGAAGGUCUUGAUGUUGGUGGAUAAUGUUGGAAUUGUUGUUAAUGAGCAUGGGCAGCCAGUUGGAGGGAGCUUGGUUUUCCGUAUCAGUCCAGAUUCUGUUGGGGAAUUAUCUCCUUACAUAGUGCUUGUUAGGAAUGGGAAGAUGGAGCUGUAUAAUAAGAGAUCAGGUAGUUGUAUUCAGACACUAACAUGUGGUGGGGAAGGAGUUGGGCCAUGUAUUGUGGCCAAUGAGGAAGGUGGGAUUGGAAAACUUGUUGCUGUUGCCUCACCCACCAAGGUUAUAUGCUAUUGCAAAGUAUCUUCUGAAGAACAAAUCAAGGAUCUUUUGAGAAAGAAAAACUUCAAGGAAGCCAUCUCCUUGGUGGAGGAGCUUGAGUAUGAAGGUGAAAUGUCCAAUGAAAUGCUAUCCUUUGUUCAUGCCCAAGUGGGUUUCCUCUUGCUUUUUGACUUGCAUUUUGAGGAGGCAGUGAAUCACUUUCUCCAGUCAGAGACAAUGCUGCCAUCUGAAGUGUUUCCUUUUAUAAUGCGAGAUCCAAAUCGCUGGUCACUGCUGGUUCCUAGGAACCGGUAUUGGGGCUUGCAUCCUCCUCCGGCCCCCCUUGAAGAUGUUGUAGAUGAUGGGUUGUUGGCUAUCCAAAGAGCUAUUUUCCUCAGGAAAGCAGGUGUAGAUACAGCAGUAGAUGAUGAUUUUGUAUUGAAUCCACCUACUAGAUCCAAUUUACUUGAGUCAGCAAUCAAGAACAUUAUCAGAUAUCUGGAAGUUUCUCGUGAGAAAGAGUUGACUUUGUCGGUGCAGGAAGGAGUUGACACACUUUUAAUGUAUCUCUACAGAGCUUUAAACCGGGUGGAUGAUAUGGAGCGGCUUGCUUCUUCAGAAAACAGUUGUAUUGUGGAGGAGUUAGAAACUCUAUUAGAUGACUCUGGGCAUUUACGUACACUUGCCUUCUUAUAUGCAAGUAAAGGGAUGAGCUCAAAGGCUCUUGCAAUAUGGCGUAUUCUGGCAAGAAAUUAUUCUUCUGGUCUGUGGGAAGAGCCUGUUGUGGAGACUGACUUACAGGAUGGCAGUAAAAAUAUUCUUUCUGGUAGAGAGAUUGCUGCAAUCGAGGCAUCAAAAAUUCUAGAGGAGUCAUCUGAUCAAGAUUUGGUUUUGCAGCAUCUUGGAUGGAUUGCAGAUAUUAACCCCAUUCUUGCUGUUGAAAUUUUGACUUCAGAUAAAAGAGUAAAUCAGUUAUUGCCAGAUGCAGUGAUUGCUGCCAUUGAUCCAAGAAAGGUUGAAAUCCUUCAAAGUUAUCUCCAGUGGCUGAUUGAAGAUCAGGACUCUAUUGACACCCAAUUUCACACAUUAUAUGCCCUCUCACUUGCAAAGUCAGCAAUAGAAACCUUCGAAGUACAGAGUGUCUCCAAAAGCCCUGAUGAUGAAAGGUUAGAGGAGGCAAAAUUUUCCGAUUUUAGUCAAAAGUCAAUCUUUCAAAGUCCUGUACGUGAAAGGUUGCAGAUAUUUUUACUAUCAUCAGACUUAUAUGACCCAGAAGAGGUCCUUGACUUGAUUGAAGGUUCAGAGUUAUGGCUGGAAAAGGCCAUUCUGUACAGAAAAUUAGGGCAAGAGACAUUGGUGCUUCAAAUUUUGGCGCUGAAGCUGGAGGACAGUGAAGCUGCUGAACAAUAUUGUGCGGAGAUUGGGAGACCAGAUGCAUAUAUGCAGUUACUUGAUAUGUAUUUGGAUCCACAAAAUGGUAAAGAGCCUAUGUUUAAGGCUGCUGUUCGCCUUCUGCAUAAUCAUGGAGAAUCACUGGAUCCCUUGCAAGUUUUGGAGACAUUGUCCCCAGACAUGCCUCUUCAACUUGCAUCUGAUACAAUAUUACGAAUGUUGAGGGCUCGGCUUCACCAUCAUCGUCAAGGACAAAUUGUUCAUAAUCUGUCUCGUGCUAUAGACGUUGAUGCAAGACUUGCAAGAUUGGAGGAAAGAUCACGGCAUGUGCAGAUUAAUGAUGAGAGCCUCUGUGACUCUUGUCAUGCACGCCUUGGUACAAAACUGUUUGCUAUGUAUCCUGACGAUACCAUUGUCUGUUACAAGUGUUUCCGUCGUCAAGGUGAGUCAACUUCGGUCACAGGCCGAAACUUUAAGCGAGAUAUACUGAUAAAACCAGGUUGGCUUGUAACUCGUUGAGCAUGCAACACUGUAUAUUGGAGGAAUUAAAAGACUGGCCUAGGGUUCGCGGCUAUGCUUGAUGGUCCUAAAUAUCGAUUAUGCUCGGAUGAGUGGUAUAGCAGCAGGCCAAUUGAUGUCUAUAUGCGGACCAUGAGUCUUUGAUCUGAUCAAAGAAAGAGUUGUAGACAAAUACUUAUUUGUAGAGUAGUAUAUUUUAUUUUGCGAGUGCUGAAUGUAUAAACCCACUCAAUUAACAGUAGUUUUAGGGAACUCGAUAGAAAGCGUUGUUUUAUAAAUAUUAUUGGGAUAGAUAGUUUAUUUUUAGUUUUUUUUUUCCCAAAUAUUUGUAGUUAAAUAAAGGGUUGAUUCUGGUUA